ACCGAUAAAAGUGUACUAGGUGGGCAGCGGCGGGCGGUGUGUCCGCGUGUGGUGGUGGCCUCAGCGAUUUUGCUGCCCCCCAUCUCCUUUUUUUAGCACAUCGCUUGCGUUCUCUCUCUGGUUUCCUCCUCUGCUCUGCGCUCCGCUUCCCACCGCUCCUCCCCUGCCGUCUCUCCUACCACAAAGCCGUGGCCCGUGGGCGCUGUUCGCGGCGGCGACGGGUCUCUCAUCUCCUCUACCCUCUCUCGCGCGCAACGGCCUAAAAAAACCCUAGCGACUCGGUCGGCGCUCGACUUGGAUCGUGCCGGGGGGCUAGGGGCAGGGGCAGCUCUCUUCUCUCGUCGUCGUCCAGUGACAAUACUAUCGGCCGGUACUCCUGCUGGCCAGGCCUAGAUUGGAUAACAACGACAUUGUUGAUAACUUGAUACUGGAUUUUCUUCCUUCUCGAACCUGUAGAGGGCUCUGCUUUAUUUGAUUAGACCUUAUAUGGUUUGAGUGCCACAACUGAAACUUUGCACCUAAAACCCGAGGCCAAGUUCACUACUUUAUUAUAUCCUUCCAUACACAGAAAGUGGAGAGACAUGGAUCGUGAUGAUAUAGCUGGUUUCGUCAGUGGAGGUUGCUAUGAGUCCUGAAUUUCUAACCCAGUAUAUAUAACAGAGUUAUGAUAUCCAGAAGGCAGACAAUUGUUUCUUUUCGUUUUCUAGUUGGUUUGCAUUUGAUGUUUCAUAAUUGGAAUGGAUACAACUACUCAAGGCCUUGAGUUUGGUGGUGGUAUCAACUCUCCGAAGCCAUAUUGCUAUUGGAGCACAACUCAAGACACUACUGUGCACAAAGAUAGUACACCAGAGGCAUAUUCCACCUUUUCUAUUUCCAACUCAAAAGCGUCAAAAAGGAAGCAAGGUGCCAUGUCUGGAGCAAAAGGUGGAAACCCUUUACUCACUUUGGGUCUAGGCUGCUCACCAAGUUCAUCUUAUAACAGCAAGCUAAGUUCUGGCACUGCUUGCAUAACAUCAUCAUCUUUAUUAAAGGAGAUUGAUGAAGAGUCUUCAAUAGAUCUUGGCCUUAACCUUGGGUUGUAUAUUGGAAAUGAUAUUGGACACUGCCAACAGAAAUCCCAUGCUGGUUUUGAAAAUGUGCUCUCGACAAACUCUCCUAAACUGGAUCUUCAGUUGAGUUUGUCUACCAGUUCGCCUGAAUCAGUUGUCAUUGAUGCAAAUAGGUCACCAGAUGGCUUGGCGAUGCCGAUGGCCAAUUCACCACUCGCCAUUGUAGAAGAAGGAUCAGUACCACAUAGUUGGGUUUUCGAGCAUUCAAUUGUUUCAUCAUCACAUGCUUCUAAGGCAACGCAUGGCUUUCCAUUAUCAAAGAAAACCAAUGGAGGCAAUGCCUCUGUGCCUUCUCAUGUCAUGUCAUCAACUAUGUUUACAAGUGUGAAAGGUCCAGUUGCCUCUGCUUCUGAGACAACUAACUCCCAACAACGCAACAGUAACGCUAAAAGCUGUCAGUUUCCAGGAUGUGUGAAAGGAGCAAGAGGGGCAUCAGGGCGUUGCAUAGCACAUGGCGGCGGUAGGCGUUGCCAGAAACCUGGUUGUGAGAAGGGCGCUGAAGGGAGGACAAUCUAUUGCAAGGCCCAUGGUGGAGGCAGGAGAUGUCAAUUUCUCGGGUGUACAAAGAGUGCUGAAGGGCGCACAGACCACUGCAUAGCUCAUGGUGGUGGCCGCCGCUGCAGCCAUGAAGGUUGCUCCCGAGCUGCUCGUGGAAAAUCUGGCCUGUGUAUCAAGCAUGGUGGUGGCAAAAGGUGUCAGAAGGAGAACUGUACCAAAAGUGCAGAAGGCCAUUCUGGACUCUGCAUUGCCCAUGGUGGUGGAAGGCGGUGCCAGUUUCCAGACUGCACAAAGGGUGCUCAGGGAAGCACAAAGUUCUGCAAGGCACAUGGUGGAGGAAAGCGCUGCACAUUCGUCGGAUGCACCAGAGGGGCUGAAGGCAGCACUUCAUUUUGUAAGGGCCAUGGUGGAGGCAAGCGCUGUGCCUUUCAGGGCGGUGGCGUGUGCCCAAAGAGCGUGCAUGGUGGCACUCAGUAUUGUGUUGCACAUGGUGGUGGGAAAAGGUGUGCUAGCUUUGGUUGCACUAAGAGUGCUAGAGGGCGCACAGAGUAUUGUGUGCGCCAUGGAGGUGGCAAGAGGUGCAAGUUCGAGAGCUGCACCAAGAGUGCGCAGGGGAGCACUGAUUUCUGUAAGGCUCAUGGGGGAGGUACACGAUGCCUGUGGGGCCAGGCGGACACAAGCUUUGGUGCUGGUGCACAGCAAUGCGAUAAAUUUGUUCGGAGCAAGACCGGUCUCUGCUCAGCUCAUAGUGCUUUGAUCCAGGACCACUGUGUUCAUGGCGGUGGUACAUUAGGUUCCGCUAUCUACCAGUCUGUGCAUGUCAAACCGACUGAGAUGAUCAAUGGUGAUAAAACUUUACUGGAUCCGGCUAUCCCUGUUACAAACAGUGGUGUUCAUCCUCCUGUCCUAGCUCAGUCUAUGAUCGAUCCGCUGCCAGAGGGCAGAGUUCAUGGUGGUGGCCUGUUGGCUUUACUUUCGCGGGGCGGAAGCAGAACAAGCGCUGGUGGCUCAGAAUUGUGCUUCGGGCAAGAUCGUGUGGAUCUGAGGCUAUCAGGAUCUCCAUGAAACUGAUGACUGCCUGCAGUUUUGAUCCAAAUUGUGUUGCUCAUGCUCGGGUUCCAUAGGAUCUACCCGGACGUGUACUGUGAAUCUACCCAGACGUGUACUAUGAAAAUAAGAGGGUAGCUCCUAGAGCAGAUGUGUUGUUUUAUUUUAGUUAAUUGUUUCAGUGCAUGUAAUCACUUACUUUAAUGCUCAUGUUUGGACUUGAUUAACUCUCAGCAACUUAAGGUUGAAAUAUAAUGUGCAUUUUGCUGCUUA